AGCGCAAGGCGGCCGAAGCGGUUGAUGACGAUCAGGAGGGGGAGAUAGACCUCUCGACUCUCAGUCCCAUCGCUAGUGCGUCGUCUCUCAACCGUCUACCUCUCUGGCCUGCACCCCCCUUACACUGACGCUCUCCCCUCGGCAUCGCCGGCCAUCGCGGCAGAACCUCUCGCCGAUCGCAAAAUGACCAAGAAGCUCUUCAAGACGAUCAAGAAGGCUAGCAAGUCCAAGGGACACGUGAAGCGUGGGGUAAAGGAGGUGGUCAAGGGGUUGCGAAAGGGGGAAAAGGGCCUCGUCAUCCUCGCCGGAGACAUCUCCCCUCACGACAUCCUCUCCCACCUCCCCGUCCUCUGCGAAGAGUCCAACGUACCCUACAUCUUCGUCUCAUCGAAAGAAGCCCUGGGCUCCGCCUCCUCCACAAAACGCCCCACGAGCACAGUAAUGAUCGUUCCGGAUGGAGGGGCGAGUCGCGCAAAGAAGGCAAAGGUGGUAGCGGAGGUCAAGGAGGAGUACAGGGAGGACUUUGAGGCGUUGGCACGCGAGUGUACGAGGUUGAAUGAGGAGAUU